GCAAUAUCCAAUCUGCGUUGUCGAUUUACUAGUGGCCCAACAAAGGUCAUUUAAGAUCCCAAAAACCCUAACUAGCCACAGACGGCACUCCUCUCCCUGCAAGCUUCAGGCUCACACCUUAGUCAAGGUUCGGCUUGGGGUUUGUUUUAGAGGUUUCAUUGCUCUUUAUCUCCACCUGACCAAGGGGAAAUUUAGGACAUCUUUUUUGUUUUUCUUACCAGUAUGGAUAGGAAAGGACUCCUGUUUCAGACCAGAAAGAUAUUCCUCUUAUUUGUUACGGUUAGGGAUUAAGGGUCACAGAGAAAUUUCAGAGACAAAGAUGAGUGGGUAUGGCGGUGAUGGCUAUGGGGGAGGCCAUGGUGGUGGUAGGGGCCCAGGCGGGGGCGGAUAUGGGUUUAACGGUGGCGGUGGAAGAGGCGGAGUGGGUAGAGGUGGCAGAGGAGGCGGGGGUGAUGGUCGAGGUGUCAGAGGAGGGGGUGUGUAUGGCGGUGGCGGUGGCUAUGGAGGACGUGAUGGCGCCUGCUUCAAGUGCGGUGAGCUUGGGCAUAUGGCUAGGGACUGCAGUGGUGGCGGCCCCUGCUUCAAGUGCGGUGAGCUUGGGCAUAUGGCUAGGGACUGCAGUGGUGGCUCCUGCUUCAAGUGCGGUGAGCUUGGGCAUAUGGCUAGGGACUGCAGUGGUGGCGGCCCCUGCUUCAAGUGCGGUGAGCUUGGGCAUAUGGCUAGGGACUGCAGUGGUGGCUCCUGCUUCAAGUGCGGUGAGCUUGGGCAUAUGGCUAGGAACUGCAUUGGUGGCGGCGUCUGCUUCAAGUGCGGUGAGCUUGGGCAUAUGGCUAGGGACUGCAACGAGGGCGGCUCCGGCGGUGGUGGUGGUUCCGAUGGCUGCUACCAACGCGGUGAGUCUGGCCAUUUCGCAAGGGAGUGCCCUAAUGGAGGCAAGACAAAAAUUAUCCAAACAUCAAAAGACAGCCCCGAACCCACCGGUGGCUGCUACCAAGGCGGUGAGUCUGGCCAUUUGGCAAGGGAGGGCCCUAAUGGAGGCAAGGCAAAAAUUAUCCAAACAUCAAAAGACAGGCCCGAACCCAGCGAAGCUUUACCUCAUAAUACGGCUGGAGGUGCCGAUGAUCCAAAGAAGAGUUAUGCCGAAGCUCUUUUACAAGAGGCCGAACCUUCGAGCGAUCUGAAUGAACUUCUUGGGAGGUGGAAUCUGCAGGAUGUGAGAAAUACGUAUAGCGCGUGGGAGGGGCCUUUAAAGGACAGAAUAACAUCUCAAUAUCAAAGUAUCUUUCGCACUCUAAUUGAUGUUAUAGUUACGCUUGAGUCAAACAAGAUAACCAGCGGUAAAGGUUAUCUGGACUGCACAAAUAUUAUGGUGGCGGGCAGAGGUGGAUUUUUUUAUACAAGGGCUUGCCUAUUAAAUAGGCCAGAGACGAACAACCCAACGGAGCCUUCAUUUAGAGGGCAAUUUGAGACACUGGUUAGAACGAUCCUUCAUGAUCGACAUGACUCACAAGUGGAGUUGGAUCAUUUUCUCAAAUUAGCUAAAGACCUUGAUUUCGAUUUUAAGCAAUUAAGACGUCACCCGUUCUUGUUAUCGGGCGAAGACAAAUAUGAGUUUGUAACUCAAAUUUUUUCGCGUCUCGAGUUGAGGGAAAAGUCUAGAAGAUGGACAAAAGGCUACAACGACAAAGUAAAGAGGGAGGUUGAUAUUUUGAGCAGAAUUAAAGAUGACCCUCAUUUCUUAUCUGUUUACUCUACCAAGAAAUACAAGAAUAGUGCAGCAGGGGCGUACGAGUAUUCAAGAAAUGCCUUCUUUCAUGUGAACGAUUAUGUCAGAAAAGCCCACUACGAGACAUAUCUGGACAAACAGGGAAUGCACAAGUCUAAUAUGACAGAAAAGCAAAUAUGUGACAAGCUUGUAUCCUUCUUCCCGUUCCUCCUCAUCGAUACUUUCGACUAUGCGGUCGGGAAUGGCCUUGACAUAUGCAGUAUAAUUUGAAAGGAAAACACUGUAUUGUCUUUUCUAACGUUCUAGUAAUUUCUUUAAGCUCAAGACAUGUAGUAGCUUGGUAUUAUA